UGUCCGGCAGCGGCGCGUGCGCCCUGGGCGCCGCGCCAGGCCGUCUGCUCGCAAAGAUGGAGCCGCGCACUCCCUAAGGGCGGUCGUCGCUGCCGGCACCUGUUCCUGUUCCCCCACAGACAAGACAAUAAGAGCUCAGGGUCACCCACGCCACGCACUAGAUCGCUGUGCCGACGACGCAUCCCACGUUCUUGCGAUGUAUGGCAUGAACGGCGCGUGCCAUUCGGGAGUACUUCGGGCUACCGCGAGGAACGUCGUCUGCGGCUGUACCGACUACUUUUGGCUUUGCCCCCCGCAGCUCGCCGCACGCCGGCACAUCGCCUCCCUCCCAGCAAGCGACCGCCUGGGAUACGAACCGCGGCUUUUGUCGAGGAAGACCUGCGCGGCGAGAAUAAACGGACUGUUGCAGUACCACACUACGCCGAAAUUACAAAGACAUCACAUCUCAAAAGUUUUCACCCCAGUUGAAGAAUUCCAAAAGUAUAACCCAGAGACAGGGCAACUUCAAUCCAGAGGAUUGUCUUUCAUCCAUGAUACCAGUUACAUCUAUAUUGCUCGUGACCAGGAUCAAGCAAAAAAUGCUGAAGAUGUUCUCUUUGACAUGUUCAAGAGUGAAGAAAAUGACCUGCUUCCAAUUGGAAAAUUCCUUGCUGCACUGCGAAGUACAGGCCUGCGGAAGACUGAUCCUCGACUAUCAGAGCUUAUGGAUAACUUGAAACAAGUACACAGGAAAUCAGGAAUGGAAGGAGGAUCACCAGAAACUUUAAAACUUGACAGAGAGACUUUUAGGAGUGUCAUCUCGGCAAACAUAGUGCUUAUUUCAAGAGCUUUCAGGCAUCAGUUUGUUAUACCAGAUUUUCAGGGAUAUACAAAAUACAUUGAAGAUUUUUACUGGAAAUGCAAAACAAACACAGAAGGGAAGGUGGCCAGCUACAUUCCACAAUUAGCAAGAAUGAAUCCUGAUUAUUGGGGAGUCAGUGUGUGCACAAUAGAUGGACAGAGAUUCUCAAUAGGUGAUGUCAAUAUACCAUUCACUUUACAGUCUUGUAGCAAACCCCUUACAUAUGGAAUAGCACUUGAGCAGCUUGGAGCAAAUGUUGUUCACCAGUAUGUAGGCCAGGAACCUAGUGGCCGAAAUUUCAAUGAACUAGUGCUGGAUUACAAUAAGAAGCCUCAUAAUCCUAUGAUAAAUGCUGGAGCUAUUCUUGUGUGCGCGUUAUUAAAGACACUUGUGAAACCAGAAAUGACAUUAGCUGAGAAGUUUGAUUUCACAAUGAACUAUUUCAAGAGAAUGGCAGGAGGUGAACCAUUAGGUUUCAACAAUGCAGUUUUCCUGUCAGAACGUGAAGCUGCAGAUAGAAAUUAUGCAUUGGGCUUCUAUAUGAGAGAACAUAAGUGCUAUCCAGAGAAAACCAAUCUCCGAGAAUGUAUGGACUUUUAUUUUCAGUGUUGUGCCAUGGAAGCCAACUGUGACAGCAUGUCAGUUAUGGCUGCUACACUAGCUAAUGGUGGUAUCUGCCCAAUCACUGAAGAAAAAGUACUGAAACCGGAGUCUGUGCGAGAUGUCCUCUCUUUAAUGCACAGCUGUGGAAUGUAUGAUUACUCAGGACAAUUUGCAUUCAAGGUAGGCCUCCCAGCAAAAUCUGGUGUCUGUGGUGGAAUGUUGGUUGUAAUACCAAAUGUUAUGGGCAUUUGUACAUGGUCUCCACCAUUGGACCCUUUAGGAAACAGCUGUCGUGGUGUGCAGUUCUGUGAGCUGCUUGUGGAAGAAUUUAAUUUCCAUCGAUACGACAACUUAAAACACGCAACAAACAAGAAAGAUCCACGAAGGCACAAGUAUGAAACAAAAGGCCUGAGCAUUGUCAAUCUUUUGUUCUCUGCAGCCAGUGGCGAUGUAACUGCUAUGAGAAGGCACCGUUUAUCUGGCAUGGAUAUGACAUUAUCAGAUUAUGAUGGCAGAACAGCCCUACAUCUUGCAUGUGCAGAGGGCCACCUAGAUUGUGUGGUUUUCCUGUUGGAGCAUUGUGGAGUGCCACAUGACCCAAAAGACAGGUGGGGGAACCUCCCAAUUGAUGAAGCUGAAACAUUUGGUCAUGCAGAGAUUGUUCAGUAUCUAAAAGACUGGGAAGCAAAUCACGCAAGUAAAACUCAAGACGAGAAACCAGAUGCUGUGGCUGCUCCUCCAUUGCCACAGUAAAUAUGUCCAUUCCACACAUCUCUUCUGUAGAAAGACAUAAUGGGAAAGUACAUUUCUCUAAGAAGAUGUAUUUAACACUUAAGCUAUUGACAAUACUAUUUAAGAACAAAUGUAGAUUAUAAUAUAUGUGAAUUGUUAAGCGACAUUGUUUUAAAGUAAGUCUGAAAUUUACAUGUGUUGUGAUUUUCUUCUGCACAUUCAUAUCUGUCAAAUAUUCUUACAGAAUUUCUGUAAGAAUCAGAAAGUUUCAGUCCAUUGUUGGAAAGCUACACACAGAAAAGUUUAAAAAUCUUUGCUUUAGUUUCUGAUUCUAUAUUAAGCAUAACUGGAGCACAUCCAAACAGCUUCCUUCCUCUACUGUCUCAAAAUUUCGUCUAAAAAAUGAUAUAUGUUUGUUAACAUUUGCUGAAUGAAAGUUAUAAUGCUUAUAAAGUACAACUGUUAAAAGGAGCAGUUGCUUCUGUGAUAUAAAAUAUAAAUUUGGGAUUAAUGAAGUUUUAAACUGAAUUAAUAGAAUUUGUAGAGCAGUGGACAGCUGUUAAAAUACUCAUGCCAGAAGAGGUGCUAUUCAUUUGAUGUGCAGCUUUAAUGAAACAGAUAUAAUAAUGAUUUCAUUUUACUUUCUAUUUUCAUUGAAAUAUUUGAAACAAAUGGCUGUGUUAAGAGAAUAACUGACAUAACAUUAUUAUGGUUAUGUAAUAAGCUAAAUGAUAUUUUAUUUUAUUUAUUUUUUGUAAGGAGCACAAUAUUUUGACAAAUUCCAUGGUUAGAAUAUGGUUACUUUUAUCUGGUCAAAGAUAGCAAUAAGAAGUCAAUUUAUGUGAUACCAUUGAACCCUUUAAUUUUAUAAUUGUUACCAGUGCCGAACUGUCAAGAUAUUUUAUAGAAAUGUAUGUAACUACUGAAAUUUUUAAAAUCAUCAAUAAAGUUUCAGCACAAACUAAUGAAGCUGAAAAUGAUGAUUGUGAAAGUGAGAAUAAAAUAUUUCUGUGUA